GGCGGUGGUGCUGUUGAGCUGUAACAGAUCUAAGCGACACAUCUAUUUACUUAAACCUUGUCGUGUAAUUGAAUCCUAAUUCCCCAGCUGAGUGUUGCGGAUGGAGCACGGAAGGAGCGCUUGAGCUAGUUUCUGUUCAUGGCCUGGAGCCUCAUGUAGUUCAAAAUGACAGCAGCCCAACAAGGGGGAAAACUUAAAAAAACGGAGUCCGUUAUGCCGCGAAAUCCAUCGAUUCCGUAAAAUAGCGAAGGGAAAAAAAACUUACACACGCAAAACAAACUGGAAACCGGUUACCUGUUGCUGUUCUGUAGAAGACCACCACUGGGAUUACGCCUCACACUUGUGGUUUGUUAUUAAAGAAUGUUAAACGCCUGUGGAUAUACUUUUAACCUAAGGAACUUUCAUCCUGUGCGUUUUUCGUUUUUGUGGUCAAUGUUUUGAAAAUCCCUAGCGAUAAUCCUCACAUUUCGGGUCUUUGGAAAAUUAUCGGCAGCAAGUUUAAAGGGACUGCGUCGAGCGAGCAGUCGGGCGGACGUGCACUGGGAGAGGACGACAGUAGUCUUCAGGUGGAUAACAAAAAGUGAAAACGCAGAAAUUGGUCUGGUGACAAACAUGACCAAGGAGCUGAAACCGCGGCUUUGUUUCAUGACGAAAGGGGAGAAUGGGUAUGGUUUUCAUUUGCACGGCGAGAAAGGGAAAAGUGGCCAGUACAUACGCAAAGUGGAGCUGGGCUCACCCGCGGAGGCUGCUGGGCUCCGAGCAGGGGACCGAGUGGUGGAGGUGAACGGUGACAACGUGGAAAAAGAAACGCAUCACCAAGUGGUGCAGAGAAUCAAGGCCCUGGAGAGCGAGACGCGGCUGCUGGUGGUGGACAGAGAAACGGACGAGUAUCUGAAGGGCGCCCGGCUGACCUGCAGCGAGGACAUGGCACGCGGCGCCGUCUCGGGGCCCACGCCCAGGCCGCCGCCCAGCAAGAAGGAGAACGGCUCCAUCCUGAAGCAGCCGGUCGCCCUGAGCAACGAGGAGCCCAAGCGGGUGGCAAAGAGGACCCCCCCGCCGGCCGGAAAGCAGGAAAGCCAAAGCCCGAUGAAAGAACAUCACCCACGGAUGUGUCAUCUAAAAAGAAGUGAAGCAGGCUAUGGCUUCAACCUUCACAGUGAAAAGUCCAAGCCUGGACAGUUCAUCCGGUCAGUGGACCCUGGGUCACCGGCUGCCAGGGCAGGAUUGAGGCCACAGGACCGGCUAAUUGAG